GGAUUGGAUGCCAUUGUCCAUUUCAGAAGUGUUGGGCGUGCCGCACCCCAUCUCUUUUAAUUUUUUGUUUGGCACAUCAUCAGCAAUAGGCAGACAUGGAGUCAAGCACAGCGAGUGAGAAAAAGAAGCUGAAACGCAGAGAGAUACUAGAGAAAAAGAAAGCGAUAGACCAACUCCUCAAAGCUGCUUCUGCCCAAAUUGACCAUCUUGCUUCUUUCCCUUCCUUCCGCUGUUUCAACAGAAAUGGCCUUUGUUUACACUUGGAAUCGGGGCAUGGAGAUAAGCUAUCCCAUUGUACGAAACAAUACAUUCAAAACCUCUUGAAGGUAAAUAUGGAGGGUCCGUAUGGAUCGGAGUGGGCAAUCGAAGAGAAGGUGAAACGGAAAGAAAUGGUUGCUCCAGAAGCACGCUAUAUAUUUGUACUCAGCAAUCCCAAUGAUAUGAUGGACAGUGCCCCCACUCCCUUGCUUGGUUUCCUACAUUACCGCUUCACUCUGGAGGAAGAAAUGCCUGUUCUUUAUUUAUACGAAUUGCAGCUGGAUUCCUCUGUCCAAGGGAAAGGGCUCGGAAAAUUCUUAAUGGAAUUAGUUGAGCUAAUUGCUCAGGAGAAUCGGAUGAGUGCCGUGGUGUUAACUGUUCAAAAAUCAAACUUGUCGGCCAUGAAGUUCUAUAUAAGCAAGCUAAGAUAUGUGGUAUCAAGUAUUUCGCCAUCUAGAGUCAAUCAAUUCGCUGGAGUAGAAAACAACUACGAAAUUCUUUGCAAAACAUUUGAUCAUGAAGCUAAAGCUGUAUUGGAGGCUUGCUAGGAGGGUAGGGUUUAUGGCUGCUUUUUCGGAUUUGAAUUUUGAAGACUAACAGGGAAAAUUGAAUGAGAAGAAGCAAAUUGUCGGGUUGCAUCUCAUAGGGAGUAAGGACGAUUCUCCCAAUCU